GCUACCUUGACCUGUGUGGCCCACCGCGGGACGAGGGGUCACCGGGGCUCCGCGUGGGCCGGAUAGGCCAGAGACCGUGGAGAAACUGACCCAAACCCGCCAGGCUCGGCGGGAGUCGCCCAAGGCCUUCAGAGCUGGUCCCGGAGGCGAGGGCACCGCGAUGGUGACUGGACCCACUGAGGCAUGUGUGGCCACGGCAGGGGCUACAGCCUGAGUGACAUGGAGAGGACCCGAUGCUCCCAAACCCACGAGUAACGAAGAUAUGAAAUCGAGGCAGCAGCUUGCAAAGCCGGGAUGGAAGGACUCUUGACGGUUGCCGUCCAGCAAGACUCUGAGUUGGAAGAAACUCGGAAACACGAAGGUCAUUUCAGGGAUGGCCGGGAGAACCAGGAAAGUUGUUUGAAGCAGGAGGUCCAUGACGAAGACCCCACUGAGGACUGCGUCCCAGAGCAUGAUGAAUGCACCAGAACCCCCAGGACCAGAUCGAGCGCCCCAACUACCCAGGCUGACUGCAGGCCCCAGAGGCGCGGUGCACCAAGAAAGAGCCCGAACCAGAAGAACACAGACGCCAGUGCAGAGGAGGAGGAGGAACGAGGUGGUGGCACCAGAAAGCCGUGGAAGUGUCAGGACUGCGGAAAGGCCUUCAGCUACUGCUCGGCCUUCACCCUACACCAAAGAACCCACACAGGGGAGAAGCCAUUCUCCUGCCCCGACUGCAGCAAGGCCUUUAGCCAGAGCAUGCACCUGAUGCUGCACCGGCGGACGCAGACAGGCGAGUGGCCCUACACGUGCGGUGAGUGCGGCAAGGCCUUCAGCCAGGGCUCCUACCUGGCAGCGCACCGGCGCACGCACACGGGCCAGCGGCCACACAGCUGUGUAGACUGCGGCAAGGCUUUCGUGCGCCCCACGCACCUGGCGCAGCACCGGCGUGUGCACACGGGCGAGCGGCCCUUCUCGUGUGGCCAGUGUGCCAAGGCCUUUCGCAACCACUCCUCCCUGCUGGAGCACCAGCGCAUCCACACGGGCGAGAAGCCGUUUGUGUGUGCACAGUGCGACAAGGCCUUCCGCUUCUCCUCAGCGCUCAUCCGCCACCAGCGCACGCACACUGCCGAGCGGCCCUACGCCUGUGGCCAGUGUGCCAAGGCCUUCAUGCAGAUCACGCACCUGGCGCAGCACCGUCGCGUGCACACAGGCGAGAAGCCCUACACGUGCCCCGAGUGCAGUGCGCCCUUCAGCCAGAGCGCCUCACUAGCUGAGCACUGGCGCAUCCACAUGGGCGAGAAGCCGUACACGUGCGCACAGUGCGGCCAGGCCUUCACGCAGGUGUUGCACCUGAGCCAGCACCGGCGCAUGCACACUGGCGAGCGGCCCUACGCCUGCCAGGACUGCGGCCGCGCCUUCAGCAACCGCUCGCACCUGGUGCAGCACCACCUCGUGCACACAGGGGCGCGGCCCUACAAGUGCCUGGAGUGCGGCGCCACCUUCAGCCACGUGUCCUCCCUAAUUGAGCACCAGAAGGUCCACACCGGAGAGAAGCCCUACCGGUGCAAGGACUGCGGCCGCGCCUUCAGCCAGGACUCGUCGCUGACGCUGCACCGGCGCACGCACACCGGCGAGCGGCCCUACGCGUGCCCCGAGUGUGGCAAGGCCUUCAGCAACCGCUCCUACCUGAUCCAGCACCACAUCGUGCACACUGAGGAGAAGCUGUACGAGUGCAGCGGCUGCGGCAAGGCCUUCAGCUUCUCCUCCGCCCUCACUCGACACCAGAGGACACACGCUGACGAAGGUGGGGGACACCUUUGCCCAGCUGCCGCACCUGACUCAACACCUGAGCUCCGACCGGGAGGAGGAGCCUGUUGAUGGUGGUGGUCCUGCAGAAACCGUGGUGGACCAGCCCAAGAAUGAGGGCUGAGGGCUGCCAGGGCCUCCUAUA